AAAUAAAACAAGUGAAAAAAUAAUUAAUGACCAUAGUUUUUAUUUGAAGAAUGGAAGAACAAGAAGAAAAGAUAUGUUUAGAAGAGCAAUUUAUUCUUCGGCUUCCAAUGGAACAAGCACAAAAAGUUAGAAAACUCUUACACAGCAAACCAAGAAAAAUAAAAAAAUUAAUGAACAUUUCCCUGGAUCCAGAUAGUCUUAAAUUAAUAGUUGAUAUAAAAAAAACAAAACUUUUCGGUACUCUAAGAAAACUGCCCACUAUAAUAGAAUCUUACAAAACCAACAUUAACAACAACAAAUGUCUGUUGUUUAAAACUGCCGAUAUAUGCUAUAUAGCAGAAUGUGGAUAUGAAGAAAACACUACAAACCCGCGUCACUUACAACAUGGUUAUUGCCCACCUUUAAAAAACUGCAAAAAAAAUCGAUUUAGAAAAACUUUAUAUAAUAAGGAUGUUGCAAUCGAAGCUGAAGCUUUAUCAAAAGAAUUACAUUUUUUGUUAGCUGCUGAUUUGGAUGCGGUGUCUUCUAGGUUCGAACUGAUCCAUUCUGAAAAUGAUGCUACCAAUAUGGAAAGGCAGAAUGGUAAGAUAUUUAUCAAGUAUCUAAUUCUAACACUACAGGAAAUUAUAUAUGUAUGCAGUAUGAUUAUUAUUUCAUCUGGAACAAAAUAGGUUUUGAUGAGUUUCGAUAGUUAUAACAUUGUUGUUGACCAUUUUAAUUUCGUUUUUUAGAGAUUUUGUUUGGGAAGUUAUCCAGUGAUUCUUCGGAUGUAAGUAUUAUAGGUUUUUAUAAAAAAAAUUGUAACAAAUAAGGAAUAAGUAAGUGGAAAGGAUUCAUUGGUAUUAUUUUUAAAAAUUUUUUAUUCAGAUUCAUUACUACAGUAAAUUCGUAUCCAGGUAUGAUUUAAAAUGACUUUACACGUUUCCCAAAUAGAGUAAAAAUUGUUAAAUAUUUCGUUUAACAGAUUUAUUAAUAUAAAACGUCUUUAUAUGGUUCAGAGGCGUGUAACUAGAUCAGCAAUUGCUUGGUAGUACAUAAGUGGUUCAUUUUGUGCCAAAUUUUUUACAAAUUCACGAUUUUUAUACCAAAAGAAGGUAGUUUGUGAGACAAACAAUUUUUUUUGCUUUUGGAAGUCUCAUAUCUUUUACUAAAUCUUUCAGGCUUGUAAAAAUCGUUGUGGAAAGUUUUGACCCAACCAAGAACUUGAAGGAGUUUUCAAUAUCUUCCUUUUUUUAGUACUUUGAUCCACUAUAAUGUGGAUUUAGAGCCAAUUUAUAUGAUAAUUGAUUCAACAGUUCAUUAGGAGCAAAUGGUUUGAUGGUUGUAACUUGUUUCGGGGUUCUUUACAUUGUGUUGAAUGUUUUGAAUUUUCCAACUCCUCUCUACAGCUGGGAGUUUGUGAAAAGACUCUAAUUAUGUGUUGGUGGUAGGUCAAAUCUUGAUUUUAUCGUACUUUUCUCUGCCAAUGUUACAGAAUAUUUUUUUAAACCAUACAAAUGAAGCAGAAACUUCUCUUCAGCAGUUCCCAAGUCUUCAAGAGUUUUGCCCAACUUUGAACUCCGAACAAAUAUAAUUAAAUUUUUAUCGGAACCCGCAGUUACAACUUUGGAGCUGCUAUUAUUUUCUUUUAUGUCUGUAUGUUCAACGUCAUUGUCUUCUUCAGCUGUUACAACUUUUAAUCCUUGUGUUCUGAUGCCAAAGCAAAAAAGUAGUAAUGGUAGUUAGUUGUGAAUUGACCCCAAUCUUUUCAUUAAAAAAAAUAGAGGUUAGGGUUAGGUGCAGCUUUGAGAAGCACUAAUCUUCUUCGUUAUGGAACUAUCACCUCAGAAUAAAUAGUACUAUGGGGUAUCAUUAUAUGUCUUAACUUUGCAUUUUCUUAUUUUAGAACGAAAGUACCAAUUAAACAGUUUGAAAUCAAAGUAUUUGGUCUGUAUUAUUUAGUGCCUUUAUUAUUUGUACAUUUGAUUGGAUAAAAAGUGAUAUUUGUAUAUAAAAUACAUUCGCAAAAUUACGCAUUUCUUUAAAGACCGUCAUGGGGACAACUGGUACUUUGAUUACAGUUAAUUUAGUGAAUGUAUAAUUCCAAGAAUGUGUAUUUGUUGAUUCAAAUAAAUUUAAACGAUUUAAGAAAA